AUGACCACCCAACCCCGCUUCUCCCCCACCGACAUCACCGUGGUCUUCAUCCUCGGUGGCCCCGGCAGCGGCAAAGGCACACAAUCCAGCAACCUAGUCCGCGACUACGGUUUCACCCACCUGAGCGCCGGCGACCUCCUGCGCGCCGAACAAGUCCGUGAAGGCAGCCAAUACGGCGACCUCAUCAAGACCUACAUCCGCGAGGGCAAGAUCGUGCCCAUGGAAAUCACCGUCGCAUUGCUGUCCAACGCCAUGGCCGACGCCCUGGCCUCCGGCAAGAAACAACAGCAAGAGGGUGGCCCCAAGCCCCGCUUCCUCAUUGAUGGAUUCCCCCGCAAGCUCGACCAGGCCGUGUUCUUCGAGGAUACGGUGUGUCCGUCGGAGAUGACCCUGUUCUUGGAUUGUCCUGAGGAGGUCAUGGAGACGAGGUUGUUGAAGCGUGGAGAGACCUCCGGUAGAGAUGAUGAUAAUGCGGAGAGUAUCCGGAAGAGGUUCCGUACGUUCGUCGAGACUAGCAUGCCUGUUGUCAAGGCGUUCGAGGAGCAAGAUAAGGUGGUUUCGGUGACGGCGACGGGAUCGGUCGAUGAGGUGUAUGAGCGCAUUCGCGAGGGAUUCAAGAGUAAGGGCAUUAAUCCUUUGUAA